GCGUUUCGUUUAGUCGGUAAUCAGAGACACGAAAGUUCUGUAAAAGUUACAAAAAAUUGCGUACAAGGUGAACGCGAAUGCGAACAUGAACGUGAAUGCAAAUUGAGACACACAAAUAUAGGCUGAAUUGUAUUCGAAUGAUAAAAAAGGAUUUGCGAUUCUCCGAUUUCACGUAAAUUCGUGGCGUAUUUGUGAAAAAGAAACUAGUGUACGAGAGAAAGCGAGGUUAGGAAAAGUAGGACGGUGGCGUUGUUGAAGCGACGCGACACGAUACGACACGACACGACACGACGUAACACGACGAAAAACGACCCGGCACGAUUCGUCACGACUCCCGACGACGAAACACGACUCGACGCAUCGGCUUUAUUCGGCUUCGACGACGUCCUCUGUAGGAGAAGCGGAGGUAGCACAACGCGCAGCUUCGAUUUCGAAUCUCUAGUUUCCCGCAGUGAAGGAAUCGCAGUCGUGGGGGGUGCGCACGCGACUGCCCUCUGUUAGCGGUUUGGAAAUCACGUGGAAAAAGGAGCGGAGCGAAGCGGAUUUUAGUCGCGGACGGUGUGCCUCGCAGCACAGCUUCGAGAGAAAGAGUAAGAGGAAAAGAAAAAGAGAAGCGGUGAGAGGAGUGGUGAGGGACGGUGAGGUGCGGUAAGGAGAGAAGAGAAGAGGUGUCGGUGUACGGGAGUUGGUCAUUGUCAACCGGUGGUGAUCGAAGGGUUUGCGUAUUCGCGAGUAACAACCAAGCAAUUUGAGGUUAGCUCAAGGGAUAGCUCGGAGCGAGCGCGAUCUAACUCGAGUCUCUCGAGCCCGCGUCCUAUCGCGUUUCGGGCUCCAUGUUGCCGCUGGUGGAAUGACGUCAUCGAGUGUUGGUGCUUCGAGAGUGAGCUCCUUCCUUACCCGUUCUAUCAAAGUUACCCGAUCAUGUUUUCGUGAUAAAUUCUAAGAUAUUUUGGUGCGGGAGACUCGGUGAACUCGGUGAACUCGCAGUGAUUAGCGGCGGUCGCCGAUUAGCACUACUGUGCUCGGCUGCCACGCAUCCACCACCAGAGAGAUCACUUGCGAGGGACAUGGAACUUGUUGUCGUAGCUUCCUGAAUCGGUACGUAAUCGCAGUGGACUUGUUUCUACCGAUAUAUCGAACUCGCACGACUACCGUAUGAUCGAUACAUAUCAUCUUCGAUGCUAUCUCUACAUUUAGAAGAUCUCGCUCCCUUCGGAUUCAGUCGCUCAACGUCGACCUUUCACAAUGGCCGCUCGUUUAUGCCCGUCUAAACGAGCCAUCGAUCAUGGGGGAUCACUGUAGACACCUCGAGGGGAGAGAGCGUCACGUUUCCCCUUUGACGUCCCACGAUUAGCAGUUAUCUCGGCUAAUCGGUGUUCUGGGGUCUCUGUCGCAGACGAAUCCGGCGCGCAUAAGAAGCGAGCAAAGCGGCGGGGCGGCGGCGGCGUCGUCCGGAAGCGAGGAGCAGAGAAGAAACGGCGUGGUGCCGGCGCCGGUCCCGAUACCGGUCCCGGUGCACGUGCCCCUCGGACCGAGCAGAAAACAGGGGCAAGAGGCCACGUUUCCUUUCGGCCAGGUACGCUCGCACUACGGUCCAAAGUGGCUAAGAGCGUAAGUCCUCAUCGAGUGCACCAGGAGUGCUCGAGCGGAGGGGAGGUGCAGGUACAGGUGCAGCAGGAGAGACGAGCACCGAGGCGCAUGCCUUACCUGGGGCCUGAUAUGACAACCCGGCUAUCCGCCAUGUUUUACACGGUCGAAGUCGGGGACACCAGAUUCACCAUUCUCAAGCGGUAUCAGAAUUUGAAGCCGAUCGGUUCCGGUGCACAGGGAAUCGUUUGCGCGGCGUACGACACGGUGACAGCGCAGAAUGUCGCGAUCAAGAAACUCUCGAGACCUUUUCAAAACGUUACGCACGCGAAGAGGGCCUACAGGGAAUUCAAGCUGAUGAAGUUGGUCAAUCACAAAAACAUAAUCGGUUUGUUGAACGCGUUCACGCCACAACGGUCCUUGGACGAGUUUCAAGACGUUUACUUGGUGAUGGAACUUAUGGACGCGAAUUUAUGCCAGGUAAUCCAGAUGGAUCUGGAUCACGAACGUAUGUCUUAUCUGCUUUAUCAAAUGCUGUGCGGCAUCAAACACUUACACUCGGCCGGUAUCAUUCACAGGGAUUUAAAGCCGAGCAAUAUAGUGGUAAAGGCUGACUGUACAUUGAAGAUUCUCGAUUUUGGCCUGGCCAGAACAGCCGGGACCACUUUUAUGAUGACGCCAUACGUUGUGACACGAUAUUAUAGGGCGCCAGAGGUGAUCCUCGGGAUGGGAUACAAGGAGAACGUGGACAUUUGGUCGGUCGGGUGCAUAAUGGGCGAAAUGAUUCGGGGUGGCGUCCUCUUUCCCGGAACGGAUCACAUCGACCAAUGGAACAAGAUAAUCGAGCAACUGGGAACGCCGGCGCAGGAAUUCAUGCAGCGGCUCCAGCCUACGGUCAGGAAUUACGUGGAGAACAGGCCACGGUAUCCGGGAUAUCCGUUCGACAGGUUAUUCCCGGACGUCUUGUUUCCAUCGGAUUCGUCGGAACACAACAGGUUGAAAGCUAGUCAAGCCAGGGAUCUAUUGUCGCGCAUGCUCGUGAUCGACCCCGAACGACGCAUCUCCGUCGAUGAUGCUUUACUACAUAAUUACAUAAACGUGUGGUACGACGAGGGCGAAGUCAAUGCCCCUGCACCAGGUCCGUACGACCAUAGUGUCGAUGAGAGGGAGCAUACGGUGGACCAGUGGAAAGAGCUGAUCUACCAGGAAGUGAUGGAAUACGAGACGAGCCAUAAUCCCACAACAGUAGCUCAAACGUCCGAGAGCGGAGAAUCCCGGUAGACACGCAAGAACUACUUGCUAUCUUUUUGCGUCAACGACGCAUCUAGACUGUCCGAUCUGUUAUACGUACAUAUAUAUACACACGUAUCCCUCCCGUAUACACACAGGCAUGCAUACAGAGACACACACAAAACCGUAUUUCAAUAUAAGCGUGUGUAUAUCUAUGUAUGUACGUAUAUGUAUAUAUACAUAUAUACAUACACAUAUAUGUAGUAUAUAUAUAUUUCGUGGAAAUAUAAAGAUGGGAAAUAACGA